AUGGGCAACAACGGGAGUAGCUCCCGGAACGAGCAGGCGGCGGCGAUGCGCACGAACGGGUUGCUGAUCUCUGAGACGAGCCGCGGCUGGUCGCAGUCAUUUCCGCGGGAGCUGGCCAGGCAUCGGUCGCAGCCGACGACAACUGCGCGGAAAGUGUUGCCAGAGCCGCCAAAUCAACGAUUAAGGGCGACGAACAACGGAAGCAUCAUUCACAACGGCGGCACGAUAAGCGGUCGCCGAGCGCCGACGUUCGCCUCGUCGCGCGACCUCGCGAAGCGAGACGGCCAGUUCCGCGGCAGGAGUACAUCGGCGUCGAACGUCGCCACGGAGUCUCGACAGGCGAGGAUCGAACGUUGCCGAUACCAGGCGGUGGACACGAGUCGCCGGCAAUCGGAGGCGACCGGUAGUUGCUCCGAGUUGAAACGAUUCGGCAGCGAGCCCGAUCUUCGUUGCUCCCCCGUGCACGGGGUCGCGUAUUUACAGAAUCGAGGCAGCCUCGGUAGUCCGAUCGGUGGGGAGGAGGAUCGAUCUGGGAACCGUCGCCGGGUGGAGAAGGAUAUCGAGGACCGUGUCGAGAGCAGAUACAGAGCGAAGAAAAAGUACAAAGCCCCGGCGCCACCGACCACGUUGCUCGGGGCGGGAAAUGAUUCAACUAUCUCGGCGGAUGUUCGUUGCUCCCUCGACACGGAUGCCCGUUGUCGGCUCGAACGGAACGUUCAACCGCCGCCCAGACGGUCCCGACUGUUCAAGACUCGGGCGGAGACGAAAAAGGCUCGGGUCGGAUGGCAGAUGACCGGUCUCGAGAGGACCAGGCAUCGUCACGAUCUAGAGACAAUACCGUUCGACGAGGAGAACACGCGAACUUGCGACCAACAGCUGGAUACCGAUCGACCUCGAGGACCACAAGAUCGGCAUCCACGCUCGGAUCUGUUAGAUGGCAAGAACACGCUUCGAAGAAGCGUCAGUAGCCCAGAGUUUCAAGCGGAGUUGAUUCAGGUGGCAAAAAGAGUCCGUGACAAGCUCACCUGCUCGAGGACCCCACCGAUUGUUGACCAGACCGAGCCGAGCAUCACCGAUACACGCUCGUUGGAUCGUCGUUACGAUACCCCUGACGGCGGGAUCGGUGACGGUUCUAACGGUCGGGAACGGCUGGAACCGACCAGUCUGGAAGCAAAAAACAUUUUCCAGGAUUCGAGGAGCCGGUGUCGUCGUACGGGGGACGAAUCGGAGGACACGCCUUUCCGUCGCGAUCCGGAAGCAGACGAUAAAAUGACCCAACCGUGCAUCGAUCGUGAUCGAGCCGGAAGACCGUUACGGGAACGAAUCGAUCGGAGAUCAACGGAUCGUACGGUAUUCCAUCGACGAUCGAACGAACCUGAGAAAAAGGUGGAUCCUAGUGGCGCUGCCGACGAAGAGAUCGGUUGGAACGCGUCCGAAGGUUCGUCGCCGCGUCGCACGAAAGAACCAACCGAUGUUCAGGCUUGGCUGCCGGAGAAGAUCGAACGGAAGCUGGAGGACAAGGAGAAUUCUGAUCCUGGCUGGUGGAACGACGGUUCGGCUGGUAAUCGACGCGCUCGUUCGGUCGAGAAGGAACUGGAUCCGAAAACGUUGGAGGAACGUCGCCGAGAACAUGAACAGCCAUUUGUCGCGACGUCUCAAACAGCCCCAAAAACAUUUUACUUCGGCAUGAACGAGCUUCGACCGCCACCUCCGCCCCCACCACCGCCGCCAUUGAUCGUGGAAUGUCGUUACGGGAUCGACCAACCAAGGGGUGAAAUGCGGUCAGAGUUUCGGGACGGUGAAGACGGCAGAUCGUCCGUGGGAACCGCCGAGGAUACGGACGACAACUCGAGCCGAAACGUGGCGGAUGAUAUCUCGCUGAGACUGCGACCGACAUUACCGAAGAAGCAGCUGGAAAUCCCGCGAUUCUCCCCGUCAGCGGCGUGGAGAUUGCUCUCGGCGCUGGAAACGCCGGGACCAAGCACGAGCACCGCCAGCGAAGAAAUGCCGGUGAUGUUCGAGGAACGAAUCGAACGGCUCUCGCGACCACCGCCACCGCCACCUCCGCCUCCAUUGCUCGCGCUCGGUCCACGUAGCUCGCACGAUAAGUCUGGUGACUCUGGAAUAUCCGGGGACGCUGGCGCAGUCAACGAGGACUCGUUGGACGUCAGCACGAUCAACAGAAUGAAAACAACCGCGACCAGACCGACUUGGACGCCGCAACAGGAUCUUGGCGAGGAAUCUAGCAGCGACGCUGGUGUCGAUUCUCCCUCGCCACUGUCCACCCCGUUCAAGUAUCAUCCUGGUGCGCGUGUAUUUUCUUUGUCGUUGCCACGGGAAGAUCCCAGAAUGUAUCUGACCAGCCACGAAACGAAAGCUAGAGAGGGAACGGCGUUUAAUUCGCUGAAGAAGCUGAAGAGGUCGAUGUCGGGAGCGUUCGGUAUCGGCGCGUUCGACUUCCACAGGAAACAGGGGGCGCAAGAAGUUCUCGACGACAAUUGGUUCUUGUCAACGAGCGCGCCAACAUCGUUGCAGCACGGCCAACAGGUCGAAACCACGCGAUUCUCGUCCGCUUGGAAAUCGAUCGUGGUCCGUGAACGCGUCUCAGACCCAGAGGACAGCAAGGAGAGACCUGGUAAUGUAAAGAAGCAUCGGGAUAAUGAUCACGACGACAUCGAUAUCAUCGACGACGACGAUGACGUGGAGAACGAUUGCGAGGAGGAAGAGGACGACGAGGAAGCAGUGAGGAAUGCGCUUGGCGACGAGGAAAUCGAAGAGUACGCGGACGAUGAGGAGACAAACGACUUUCCUGUUGUAAUGAAACCUCCGUCUUUCUCCUACCUGGCCCCAGGUGGACACGUGAUGUACCUGCCGGAAUCGAACGAGGCGAAACGCCGAGUGCAAAGCUUGAACGACCGGAAAAUCAGCUGCUCCGAGUACGAGGAUCAUCACGAGAAAAGCUGCACGAAAGAAACGUUUAAAUCCAUAGAGAAUGGCCACCGUCGUACACAUGAUCGCGAAGUGACGUCGAAACGACGUUCCAAAAGCUCCAAUGAGAAUUUCGUCAUCGACGACACGAAGGAUAAAAGGGAAUCGCUUGUCCACAGUCGAGAUUCAGUGAAGGGUAACAGCGGGGUGAGCUCGUCGACGUCGAAGGAGACGAAAUCGCAGGGGAAAAACGGCCAGAAGAGCAAACGAUUCACGUUUCAGUCGACGGUCAGGCAGAUCGAGAGACGUCGAUUGGCCGAGAAACUGUCGAAGGAGGCCGAGGCGAAGGAACGUCAACGGAGGGGCGAGCUCGAAGCGAUGCGGAAAGUCGAGGAGGAGUUUCAGCGGAAACGCGCGAAAGAGAAGGCGAACAUCAGACAGCAGUUGCGUCUGUUCAAGGAGAUGGAGGAGAAUUUCAACAACCUGGCGAGCACCGAAUGGGAUGGUUCGCGGGUCUGCCGCGCGGAACCAGAUGGCGCGCCAUCUUCGACCGCCUCUUCGCCAACAUGGAUGCCAGCGGGAAAGGUCCCGACGCCGGGAAAAAGCUUCGAACCGCGGAACGAACAUCGUCGGAAAAGGGAUUCGGGUUCCGGUUCCGGUUCGGACUCGAAGCAACGCCGCGGCGAGGUGUUGACUGGCUAUCGACCCAAGUAUUACGACUGGGCGCCCGACAGCUCGUCGCAUCUCGAGAGUAAACAAACCACCGUUCAUCCAAAGAUCGUUUGCGAUAUCCCAAAAAGCUCACCGGUUUUUAUUGAAGUGAACGCCCAUCCGGGAAAACCGGCGACGACCUCCAAUUCCACGCCGAGGUCCGACAAUUACAGGAAGGAUUUCGCGCACGGCGCGAUGAUAGCUAAAUCCUCGUUCGCCAGCAGCGACAGCGAACUCUCGCAGCCGAACACGAGACCGCAUUCCAGGGAGACCGGAGUUAAAAUGAAAUCCCAUCGAUCUAGGUCGGCAAGUCUGGAACGAAGCGAGGACGGGGCCACCUCGGAAGAGGAUUCCCCGAUGGAACCGGUGAAACGAGCGAGGAACCCUACGCACGAGUUCUUGCUAGGCGGCGUGCAACCGUUCACGAGGAAGAAGAGCUAUCGGCCGAUUUCCUUCGAUCUUCGCCCGUCGCCGCCCAUUCCGAGUUAAUCAGAAUACCUACCGGAGGACCCGAAGAUUUCGAUCGUUCGACCGCGUUUGCCAUUCACCGUGCCGCCGGGACAUUAAACAUUCCGACAGCGUCGAUACUCGCGUCGGUUAGU